AUGGUCCGUCUCCAAUCCGGAACAAACCGGUUCGCCUCGCAAGCAGGCAUGACAGGUUUUGGAACUCCCAGGAACACAACAUACGAGGCGGAGUCUGGCGAACUCCCAUAUGAAGAUAUGAAGAAGUCAGAAACGAUAAUUCCAUCCCAGGCCGGUUGGAACAAGGGAGACUCUCAAAAGUUGAUGACUGGAUUUGGUACUCCUCGUGACGUUAAAGGCAAACAUUUGAAGCGUAUUUGGGAGUUGGAAUACCCAGAGGAGGCUGAAAUUUCGUUGGAUCGACUUUAA